CCCAAACAUGGCGCCGCGAAAGUGCGGAGAAACUGCUGCGAGUGUUUAAAAAAACUGCACAAAAUGUGAUUAAACGUUUAACAGCCGAGCUGCUGACUGAAGCCAUACGGACUGACAUGAGACGAACAAGAGGCCGACAAACAGUCACUCUGGAAGGGACCACAAGGGCUCUGAGGCAGCAAGUCGACAAAGAUGAUGAUGGUGUUUCCUCUGGAAGUCAGCCGAUUGAAGAAGAAACGCAAGAGGAUGAUGCUCUCGAUGAUGAGAAAACGCUCUCAUCUUCACGACUUCAGUCAUUAAGAGAAAAACGCAGGAGAGGACGAGAAAAACAAUCCAAAGAGAUGACAGAGAAGGAGAUGAUGGACUUCGCUCUGCGUCUGAGUGAACAGGAAGCCUGCGUGGCUGCCGUCAAAUACCAGCAAGAGGAGGAGGCUGUGUUGAAGGCCAUCGAAGAAAGUAUGGUUAGUGAGAUGCAACCAAGCUCUCAGCCAGAAAGUCAGAGUCUUCAUGCUGAUGCUGAUGCCUCAGUCACACUCGCUUCUCAACGCAGAAUCUUCCGCUUGAACAGAAAGAAGGCUUCCAUGUACAGGAAGGGAGUGACAGGAAGCAGUGUCACGUCGAAGAUGAACCUAAACCGAGCUCCAAAGGGAACAGAAGAUGAAAAUAUGUGCCAGAAUAAAAAGCGGAAAAGGGAAGAUGGCAGUCGGUUGCUGGAGACGAUGGACUUCUGUCAGACCCAGAAACUCUGUAAACAGCCUUCACCCGACAGAACGGAGGCUGCCUCAGUGCCUUUGGACUCUCCGCAGAGCUCUAACUCCACCCAGCUUGAUGAUUCCCAACUACCUAAAUCUCUUGUCUUCCAAGAGGAGUCUUGCAGAGCCGAGGUUCAUGUACGUCGCCUGACCCCUGAUCUGCUGAAGACCUACAGAUUCUCAGGAUUUGUGUCAUGUUCUCAGGACAGUUGGACCUUGAUUCAAAAGACUCAACCCAAAAGCCCAACAUUUCCCAAAAGCCCUGCACACACCAGUAACCAAGCUUGGUCCAAAAGCACACCAUUUCCUGAUAGUCCUCUUCUAUCGGAGGGUGAUCCAGGUGAUGAUGUUGAGAUGGAGCACAGUCCUGAAUAUAUUAAAAGCCCAACAUUUGGCAGGAAUAGUCCAGACAGAAGGUUUCCAAAUACCUGCUUAUGUCAACAUGGUGUCUGCCACACAGCCUGUGAGAGCUCAGGGUUCACGUUCUGUUCUCUGGACAGUUUGACUUCCUCUGUGGGGUCCACAGCUUGUCGAAUCAGAAGCCCGGUAUUCCCAAGUAGCCCUGAAUUUUCCAAGAACUGCAAUCCCCAUGACAGCCCAGCUUUUCUUAAAGAUGUAGAAGUUGGAGAUCCAGAAAGUGAAGAGGCUUCAUCCUGCAGGUCACAUCGAUGGCCCACCAGGUCUCAUGGACCACUUCAGAGCCUGAAGGCGAACCGGAAAACUGAUCUCCGUCCAGAUGACUCCUGUAACAGGAGAUGUGUGCCGGCCACCUCAGACAAUAAUGAAGAGGAGGAGAUGAAUGAAACGGGUAAAGACUGGAAUUCAGGCGGGCAGGUGAUAACCAGCAACAUGACCCUGAACUGGUCCGACGAGGAUGAUGACGACGAAACGGUGGUGGACUCUCCAAGUCCCGUCUUCCCAGAGGAGAAACACUUACAUCAGAACAGUCAGGCAUCCCCCAAAACAAACUGCAGGUUGAAUCCCCACAGCUGUGAUCCAGUCAUCAGUUCAAAGAAUGACUCCAUCACUGUGGACCAGAAAGGCUCGGACCAACGCGUCGCACCUCCUUUGCCUUCCACGUCUACCUGCAUUCCUGACCCGGAACUGCAACCAGGCAGUAGUUGGGUACCUGUUGGUGCAGCAGGGACAUCUGCUGGCCAGACAACCGUACACUACUACUGGGGGGUUCCGUUUUGUCCUCGGGGUCUGGAUCCAAAUGCCUACACACAGGUGAUUGUAGCUCAGUUGGAGGUGUACGAGAAGAGCGUGAAAUGGGCUCGGCGCUCUCUGCUGAAGAAGGCUGAGUGGGGGGAGCCCGUCCUCCCCCGGGCUGAGAAAUUCCCGUCACCUCACUCACCUGGUGAAUCGCCGCCACAGCAGAUUUCUAGAAGGCAGGGCCUCAGGCUGAGGGGUAAAAAACCGACUGAAGCAGCUGCUGCGCCGCCGCCUGAACCAGAGGAGGAAAAGGACGGAUACAAAGAAGAGGAGGAGCAGCGAGGACAGGAUACCGAUGACUGUGACGUCUGUCCAGAGACACCACAGCUGAGUGAGAAAGAUGGCGACAGCACGCCAGAGCUGACUGUGGCCGCCGACGCCGGUGAAGAGAUCCAACCUGAGAGCCCAGAACUGCCUCAGAUCCUCAGCGGAGACUCUGCAGGCCACAAGGAGGCGCCACAGGAGGACAUGGAGGUGGACGCAGGUGUGGCAGGCAGAGAGCCAGAGGAAAAUGUUGCUGUGGACAGCUCUGUGAGAGGGGAGGAGGCAAAGGAGGAAGGAAGGGAUCUAGGGGUACAAGAGCUGAAGGACGGUGGAGGUCAAAGGUCGGCAUCUCCGGAGGUCGAAAUAACUGCUGCCCCUCAGAGUCCAGAACCUGUUGUAGACUGCCCCAUCUGUCAGAAGUCCUUCCGCUUCACACAGAUUGAGCUGCACGCCGCCUACUGCGAUGGGGAGGCGGCCUCCACCACCACCGAGACCAGGCCAGGGCCCGACUGUUUCCAAGGUGACCAAAACUUGUCUGUAAAACCUCGGAGGGUGAGAACCAAGAGGGUGGAUGAGGAGUCCGUUGAUUCUUACACAGGUAACAAAACCAGUCACAACCUGGAGAAGUGCUACAUAUGCCAGAAAACGUUUCCUCUGAGCGAGUACAGCCGCCACACCAAGGUCUGCAUCCGGCGCUGUUCAGCAAAGCCUAAGGGAAACCUGCUUUCAGCUCUGGAGCAAACCGAGAGCAAGGACACAGAAGCUGGCCCAUCCACAUCCAAACUCCAGUCCGGAGAGGUGAUCGACCUCCGGGACAAGGACAUAAGCAUCUCAGGAUUCCAGAUCAGCAGUUCUCCCAUCAGAACUUUCACUGCCAUCUCAGAGGCCUCAGACUGUUUGAUCGACUUUAAGAACCAGCACAGGGUCAAGAGGUCAAACCGGAGACGGAGAUGAUCGUGACUGAAAGUCCUGCAAACCGCUGCCUUAACCCCUGCAUCGUAAAAUAAAAGCCUCGAUUUUUUUUUUAGGAUAUUUUCUCCUGAUGGGACUGUAAUAUUUCCUGCUGUUUCAAAAUGUCACUGAAAUAUCGAUGCACUUAAACUAAUACGAACUGAA